CACAGAAUGCGGAAGUGGAGGUAACCAAUCAGAAGGCGAGGCUGUGUGUAACCGUAGAAACGUCCGGAAAUGUGGUGUACACGCUGCUGCCUGAGAAGCACGAGACGGAAUUCUUGUUAAGAAAGUUAAGUCUCAGGAAAACCAGGCCAGACUGUUGCAGCCAGCUGUGGACCUCAAAGACACAAAGAAAAUGAAGAGGAAAAAGACAGAGGAGGCACCCGAGAACUUGGAGGUGUGUGUCCCUAUCAGCGAGGUGAAGAAGAGGAAGAAAAAGAAGAAAGAUGGCAGUGUAGAUUCCACAGACACUGUUGAUGUGACAGACGAUUGUACAAAUGAAGAGCUCAAUGGCAAAAAGAAAUCUGAGGAUUGUGAAGCUGUUAGUGGGGUGAAAAAGAAGAAGAAGACGAAAAAGGAGAAAGAUGUCCAUGUGGACACUACAGAGUCGGCUGAUCUUACUGAGAGUUGUAAGAAUGAAGAGCUUAAUGGCAAGAAGAAAGAAACGUACAAAACCAAGCAGCCUGUAAUAACCGAGAAGGACGGAGUGGAAGAAGAGGAAGGCAUGGAGGACGAGGACGGGGACGAGGAGGAGCUGAGCCCGGAGGAAAGACGAGUGCUGGAGAGGAAGCUGAAGAAGAUUCGGAAAAAGGAGGAGAAGAAGAAGCAAAAGGAAGAAGGGAAGUCUGAGAAGGAGGACAGCAAAAGCAGCAUUGCGCAGACGCAGGCUCUGGAGUAUCUGACAUGCUGGUCCGAGAAGCGAGACGAGUGGAAGUUCCAGAAGACGAGGCAGGUGUGGCUCCUGCAGCACAUGUACGAUAGUGAGAAGGUGUCGGACGCUCAUUUCUCAGUUCUCUUAUCGUACCUGGAAGGGCUGCGAGGCGUGGCUCGGGAGAUCACGGUGCAGAAAGCAGAGGCUUUGGUUCGAUUUGGGGCGGGUCCAGAAGGAGAAGAAGGCGGGGCUACAGAAGCACAGAAGAAGACACAACGAGCCAGAGAGGUCAUUCAGAUUCUCUCAUGAGGAUGCAGGGAAAAAAGGGACAAAAUCCUUUCAUCAUCCUCCAUCUCUCGCUGUCUGUUGUCUUCUCUCUGACAUGUCUGACAUCUGUUUAUACAAUGAUACGAAGUGCUGAACCGAGUCAGCAGACAGAAAACACAUCUGUAAAUAUGUAGGACAGAAAAAAUGCUUUUUUUUUAAAUAAAGAUAUUUGCAUUUGCA